CUCAACACUGCGCUCCUCUACCUGUCGAGGGGAGCCAAAUCUGUGCGCUAAAGGAUUCAAACAGCAUCAAAACAACAAGAAAUCUGCUGGAUAUUUACACACACUAACGCCUCUUGUUGCUAAUUAUGGAUUAAUUCGCUUUUGGACAGAAGAUAAACCGCUACCAGUAACAGAAGAUUUCCACAGAAGCAAGAUUUGACUGCCAGCCAAAGACAUGGACUGGAAGACCUUCCAAGCUCUCCUCAGUGGGGUGAACAAAUACUCCACAGCAUUCGGGCGAGUAUGGCUGUCUGUGGUGUUUGUGUUCAGGGUGAUGGUGUACGUGGUGGCAGCAGAGAGAGUCUGGGGAGACGAGCAGAAGGACUUUGACUGCAACACCAAGCAGCCCGGCUGUGCCAACGUCUGCUACGACUACUUCUUCCCCAUCUCCCACAUCCGCCUGUGGGCCCUGCAGCUCAUCUUCGUCACGUGCCCGUCCUUCAUGGUGGUCAUGCACGUGGCGUACCGUGAUGACCGCGAGCGCAAGCACAAGGCCAAGCACGGUGACAGCAGCAAGCUGUACAACAACACGGGAAAGAAACACGGUGGCCUGUGGUGGACCUACUUGAUCAGCCUCUUCGUCAAGACAGGCAUCGAGGUCUCCUUCCUCUACAUCCUCCACCGAGUCUACGACAGCUUCUACCUGCCAAGGCUGGUCAAGUGUGAGGUGGCUCCGUGUCCCAACCAGGUGGACUGCUACAUUGGUCACCCCACUGAGAAGAAGGUGUUCACAUACUUCAUGGUAGGAGCCUCGGCCCUCUGCAUUGUCCUCAACAUAUGCGAGAUCAUCUAUCUCAUCUCCAAGCGUAUCGUACGGUGUGCAAACAAGAUCAACAGGCGCAACCGCAACAUUCCCAUGCAUCGGGAAGGCUACAAUGACGACCCGUUUAACAGCUGUAAGCUGCCUGUCUCAAGGCAGGACCUGAAGGACAAGCCUCCAUCCUUCGAGACAGCAAACAAAUCUUCCUACAGGCCGUCUGCACUCAAGCUUGAUGGCAAGAUACGAGCCUCCGCUCCUAACCUGUCCACAACUUCAUGAUCAUAGCUGAAAUCGAGCCAAGACUCAAGAGCUCAGCAGUGCUUGGUUGAGAUCCCAGUGACAAAUCUCAAAAAACAGACUCAGAACUAUGAGCCAGACUACAGUGUGUCAGAGCCUGGAUGCUGAAUCAUCAGAACUGGAUUCAUCCUGUGUGCCCUUGUGUCCACUUCUAAGACUCUUACUGAGCAUGUGAACUUUGGUUUCCAAGUCAACACCCACAUCACAAGUCCACUAAAGUCAAACUGAUUUGUUAAUGAUAUUUGGUUUUCCUUUUUGAAUACAGUAAGACUCUGUGUGCCUUCUUAGUUUCACCACUAUUACAGCAUUCCAGUAAAGGUUCACUCAGUCUUCCUUGUCACUGGAGUUUUGAGACGAGAGGGAAAGGAGGCAGGACACACCUGGCAAAGGUAUUCAGCCUCUCUGCCGGUGGCUACAGUGGUGUGUCAGAGUUGUUGAGUUCUGCAGUGAUCCCUUUUAUUUAAUUUAAACUCAAAUCAUUGUUUCGUCUUAACAAUGUGAUGUCCUGCUGAUCCCAAGUUCAUGAAGUAUGGUGAAUAAUGCACUAGAGCGAGGAUGCUCCAGAGCUAUGGCUGAGCAAUACUUGAAGGUGUGCAAAUCAGCCCAAAAUGACCUUAUGCCAUUUAUCAGUGAGGUAAUAUUAAUUACAGUAACAAAAUGCAUAUACUGUUGCUUUAUUCGUUCAUCCACAUCCUUGGUAGGUGUUUUGCUGGUCUCAGGUUUAUGCUGCACAGCCACACAUUGUAAAUAGACUGUGUGUGUUUUGACGUGCUUGUACACAACCUUGCCUGAUCCAGGACCACUGUUGAUUUAAAUGAGACCAAAGGAAUGCUGCUGUUUAAUUCUGUGUUGGUAGAGCUGGAGCACAGUGGAGGAACUGGGAGGCAGGCUGGACAAACAGAUGUUUCAUUUAACUAUUUUCCUAUUUUUAUGAUCAUCCACUGCGGACAUCAGAUGGAAAUGCAUUUUCUGCACUUGUAAUUAAUAUUUGACGUGCCAUUUUUUAUACAUGUAAAUAUAAUAAACCUAUUGAAUACGA